AUGGCCGGCUCGCCGGGAAACAGCCCUCUCGACAGUCCAGACGGCCGGGCAGCCGAGCAGGCCCCCCCCGGGCAAACGCCCGCAAAGUUACCCGGCAGCCCUCGGUCCGGCCCCCGGCCCGCCGCCCAGCAAAUCAGCUCCCGCGCCGAUGAAAGCUCUCCGCUGCUCAGCGGCGACGAGUCCGACGCGCAUGCCGCGCCCAGACGGCGGCGGCAGCACCUCCCCGCGCCGCCGGCGGCCGACGCGAGCCAGGAAACCAAGGGCAUGUGGUACAUGCUCGCGCUGACCGUCGGCAUCGCCGGGCUGCAGGUUGCGUGGUCCGUGGAGCUCUCCAACGGGUCGCCGUACCUGCUCUCCCUCGGGCUGAGCAAGUCGCUCAUGGCCCUGGUGUGGAUCGCCGGCCCGCUGACCGGCACGCUGGUGGUGCCGUACGUCGGCAUCCUGAGCGACAACUGCCGCCUCGGCUGGGGCAAGCGCCGGCCCUUCAUGGUCGGCGGCACCGUCGCCACCGUCGCCGGCCUGCUGUUCCUGGCCUGGACGCGCGAGAUUGUCGGCGGCGCCCUGGGCCUGCUGCUCGGCGCCGACCCCGAGUCCGCCGGGGUCAGGGUCGCCGUCAUUGUCUCGGCCGUGGUCGGCAUCUACCUGCUCGACAUCGCCAUCAACACCGUCCAGGCGGCCAUCAGGGCCUUCAUCGUCGACUGCGCCCCCGCCCACCAGCAGGAGGAGGCAAACUCCAUGGCCAGCCGCGUCACCGGCUUCGGCAACAUCCUGGGCUACCUGGCCGGCUACGUCCACCUCCCCACGUACCUCUGGUUCCUGGGAGGCAACAACCAGUUCAAGAUCCUCUGCGCCAUCGCCAGCAUAGGCCUGGCCGUCACCGUCGCCCUCAGCGCCGCCCUCGUGCGCGAGCGGGACCCCCGCGCCGACGGCUCGCGGGCCCGCAAGACGCCCGGCAUCUUCGCCUUCUUCUCCAGCAUCCUCACGUCCAUCAAGCGCCUGCCCCCGCAGACGAUGCGCGUGUGCCAGGUCCAGUUCUGCGCGUGGGUCGGCUUCUUCCCCCUCCUGUUCUACACGUCGUCGUACGUUGGCGAGAUCUACGUCCAGCCCUGGCUGCGGGAGAACCCCCGCAUGCCGCCCGAGGAGCUGGACGCCGUCUACGAGCGGGCCACCCGCGUCGGCACGUUUGCCCUGCUGGUCAACGCCGUCGUCAGCUUGCUGACCAACGUCUUCCUGCCCUUCUUCAUCGCGCCCACGUUUGACAGCCAGCCCGCCCCCGCGGACAAGCGCGGCGUGCUCGGGAGAUGGCGCCUCGACUGCCUGAGGAUCCCGGGCCUCACCUUGAAGAGGGCCUGGCUGGGCUCCCUGUUCCUGUUUGCGGGCUGCAUGUUUUGCACGGUGCUCGUCACGUCCGUCGCCGCGGCCACCGUGCUGAUAGGCCUGACCGGCAUAACCUGGGCCAUGACCCUCUGGGCCCCGUGGGCCGUCAUCAGCGCCGAAAUCAGCCGGCGGGACGUCGCUGCUCGAGCAAAAAAGCUCCGCGACAUGACGCCUUCCCGCGGCCGCGCUCCACAAGCGUCGGCGGUAGCGGCGGCGUCCUCGUCCUCGUCUAGCGGCAACUCGCAAGACCUGGAUGUCGAGGGCGCCGCGGCCGAGCAAGAGACGGACCAGGCUGGCGUCAUCCUAGGCAUCCACAACAUGGCGAUCGCGGUUCCGCAAAUGAUAGCAACCCUGGGGUCCAGCGUGGUGUUCAAGCUCGUGCAGAAGCCGCGAGGCACGCCGGGCGACCGCAGCUUUGCCAUCGUCAUGGCUCUCGGCGGCAUCUUUGUCUUGGCGUCAUGCAUCUUCGCCAUGAGGAUUAGCGACGACGCCGGCUCGGCCAAGCAGGGUGUAGAGGACGAAGCACAAGGACGCGGGCUCUUGUCCGACCGAGACUAG